UUUGCCAUGUACGUCGUCACAAAACGGAAAGGCUCGUUCACCGACAUCGUCGAUAGGUAUGCAUUCCCCCCCUGUCACAUUACCCCGGCCAAUUAUGUCAUGAAGAGUCGAUAGGGCAGUUGCCACAGGAAAGCUUCCCCAAUGUCACCCUCCAAUGGACGCUUUGGCGUCAUCUGCUCCCUUGAACACCAGCGAGCUGCGUGGAUGGUGACGGCGACUGUGUGCUGAUCCCCCUGCCGAGGACACACCUGGGCAGCGUUGCUCACAAAAACCGGAUGGGGGUUGCAAUCGUCUCGCCAUGUGCCAUCAUGGGUCUCUGCGCGUUUGCCAAAGUCGCUCUCCGCUCUCCGUUCUCCGCAAGCACCUGCAUGCACUACCGUCAACCUGCAGGCCCCGAAGUCCGCAGAGCAAAGGGACGUUCCAGCGGGACUUCCGAGAGCUUUGCCAGCCUGACACGUGUUUUGCUCCCACACAGUUCGACGGCUACCCUGAACACUAUCGCGAGAUGGACACAGAUGCUGCAGGGCCCAGGCUCUUGUUGCGUGGGGGGGGGGGGAGCAAGACAUGGUUCUAUUAACACCAACCAGAGUUGGAAUCAAGCUUGAGGCAGUCUCCGGAAUCCCUCCCCAUCACACCUGGCAGAUGAGUACUGCGAAAGGAUGACCCGACAGACAACAGGAGUGGCUGCAAGCCAACGCCAUCACGUUUCACCAUUCAGCCCUUCCACACCCACACAACAAAUCAAGAGACACUGCCGUUCCGUUUUGUUUCCAUUAUAUCCCAGGUUCGAUAGACUGGUCCGCAGAUCCGGACCUGACGCGGACGAGAUCUUAGCAUGGUCAUUAUUCCAGCCAUACGAAGGGUUUAAUCUCAGCAGUCUAACCUCAGCCAUAGGGCAAUGUGGCACAGCGAGGAAUUACAUUCGGAUAACGGCUGUGCAUGGAAGGCCCGGAGAAGAAUCUCUCAGCGGAGGGCCGCCUGGCCAUGAUUAAUUUCUGAUUCUGCAAUGCCAGCAUGAAAACAGGCGCGCACCCGUCGUAUAGAAUGAUGCCAGUCUCCACAGAGCGGAUGCCUGCGGCUUUUCAUCUCAAGAUGGGCUUCCAAGGCAUUGCCAUGUGGCUAGGAUUGCGGCCUUAUGCGGUGCGUUGAUGGUCUGGCUGCGAUCACACUAUGGCAAUCUAUCGAUAUGCUGUGUCAGGACAUGUGCGACGUCUAGUAACAGGCAAAGGGUAGAUUCUCUGACGGUUCGACAAGGGUUGACCACAGUCCUGGGCCUGGCUCGGCAUUGAUGAUGUGCCACCAGGAAGAAGUCGAUGGCCCGGGGUCUGUAGAUGCAUGAUACUGGUUGCCAAAACCAUAGAUCUGUGUACAGACCGCCAUGUGAAGAAAGCCCACAACUUGCUCGCCAUCGUUUGGCACUUAUCUGGCCUCAGACUUUUGGUCGCCAUAAGUGGCGAUAUGUUUGUGACGUUUCUACCAACCAUUCUGUGGUUGAACGAUUUUGAGUCCCAGCGAACUUGGCGCUGCCCUGCUCAACCUUGGCUCACAUCGCCGUAGUUCAGCUCAAAUCGCCAUGCCUUGAAUAUAACCACAACAUGCAAAUCAAUUCUAAGAGAGAAACAAGCCCUCUUCAGUGUCAUUGUUCAGCCUUCUCAUGUUUAAUGGCAUAGUUUAAUGUAAUGGUUCCAUUUGCUGCAUUAAUUUAGCUUUGCUGAGUUGAUUCGAUUCAACCUAAUUGACCUGUUCCUUUGAACUCUGAUCCUUCGAGUUUUGUGAAAGUGGGAAAUCUUCCAAUAACUUCACAACUUCCCUCUACAAUUACCAACCUCAGCGCAGAAAAAAGGACAUUGCUAGACUCGAGAGCCUUAAUUCAUUUAUUUCAUUUAUUUUUCCGUUUCGUCAUAGCUAUAGAUUAUAAGGCAAAAGCUGUAGGUAUCUAAAGUCUCUGGUACGAAUGUGCGCCCUGGUAAAGUUUCUGGUUUUAUUGAGUGUAGCUUUUCAGGUUUGAUGUGGGUAUUCUUGUUUCCUUUCCACAGAUAUAAAAAAGCGUAGCUGGUAAUUAUUCUUCGAUUCUCAACUUCUACCUUUCAUCACUUCGCACCUUUCAUCACCUUCACCUUGGCUGAGUCGACCAGCACCAAUAUGCUAUCACCUCUGGACGCUGAGAAUCUCCAGGCCCUGGGAGGUCUCAGCGGCUUCACAUGCGCCGUUGAACCGUUUCGGCGACAAAGAAUACCGGCAUCUCCCUCUCACUCCACCCAACUCCCCAGAAUCUUCAGAAGCAUUUUUCACCAUCUCCGAAGCCCUCAUUUCACUGGAGACUCUGAUAUCGGUCGGACUGUCCACCCAAAAGGCGCAGGAGCUCUGGCAGAAGUGGAUUAAUUGGCACCUAAUAGACGAGGUAUCGUCCGCAAGGAGUUCCGCAAAAGAGGAUGGACUCAGCAUUAUUAUUUAUAUGCUUGGCUUGCGAUCUUUAGAUGUUCUAGAAAUCAAGAAUACCAAUUUGAUAUUGAGUAAACCGAGCAAUUUGCAUGUACCGAGGCUGAAGUCAAUGUGGAUACUCAGCCUGCAGGGAUUCAGUUUCCCGAGCAACACCCCACCAAAUUUCGUCAACACGGCCCACCCAAAUUAUCAACGGUUCACCACCACACGUGGCGCAUCUUCAACACCGCGACCAGAAGUCAAUUCACCACCCGGCACUCGGCACCGAAGCGAGACUCAACCUGCUGGUGCCCCCGCACUACAACUCCCUCCCCGAUCUUCCCAUCUACCCCGAAAGCCACCAAUUUCCCCUCGAAAACCACCUCGACGUCCGGCGCACCUCGCGCUCACCCCAUCCGGACCGCCAUCAUGUCCUACAACCCCCGCAUGUCCAUCAUGCCCGGCAGCCUCCCCCCCGGCUCCGGCGCCGGCGCCUCCUCCAAAUCUCGCGCCGCCAAAAAAGAAGAAGAAGCCGCCUACGCCAACAUGCGCCUCCCCGACCGCGAGAUUGUCGGCUGCAUCAACGAGCUCGGCAUCUCUUUCACGGUUCAAGACCUCCAAAAGCCAAACCCGAUUCAAGUCCAGAUGAUCUUUGAGUGGUUCGGCGAGCUCCUCAUGAACAAGACCCGCGCCACCGUCGACCCUGCCAUGCGCGCUGCCGCCGAGGACAUCGUCGGGGAAGACCUCUGCGAUGCGCUCAUGCCGGCCGAUACGAGGAACCUGUUGGGUUUUUUCAGGAACUUGAGGAUACUGAUGGAGCAGUGCGGGGUGCAUGAUUUCAAUUUUGGGGAUCUUUACAAGCCGACGCAUGAUCGGUUGGUCAAGUUGUUGAGUUAUGUGAUUAAUUUUGUGAGGUUCAGAGAGUCGCAGACGAAUGUGAUUGAUGAGCAUUGCAAUCGCGCGGAGCAGACAAAGGCGCGGAUUGAGCAGCUGUACCAAGAGAAUCAGAACAUGGAGGGGCAGCUGGAGGACAUGAAGUUCACGAGAAAACAGAUGGAGGUGCAGGUGGCGGAGAAGACGAAACGGAACGAGGAGCUGAAGCACAAGUUGCUUGAGCUGAGGAAGACGCAGGAGAAGGUCGCCGCGAGGUGGGAGGAGGCAAAAAUCAAAAAGGCGGAGAUGACGAAGGAGCUGGAGGAUAAAACUACGACAAAGGUGAUGCUGAAGCAGGAGAGCGCGAAGCUGAAGCCGUAUACGCUGCAAAGUCCGUCGGCGCUGCAGAGCUCUUUGACGGAGUUGAGCAAUACGCUCAAUGGGGACAAGGCUCAUAUUGAUAGCCUUGACAGAAGGGCGAGGGCGCUGCAAACGUCGACGGACUCGUUUGCGGUCGUGACGGGGGAUGUGGCGAGUUGUAUCAAGCUGCUGGAGGAGAUUGGGGUGGAGCUGGCAAAGGAGGAGGAGGAGAACGCCAAGAACGCGAAGCAGAGAGACGCGCUUACUGAGCGUGGAGCUAGCGUCCGCGAGGUUGAGCGGACGGAAGCCCUUCUCCAGAGGCAACUGGCCAAGUGGGUGGAAAGGACUGAGACGUUGAGAGCGCACAGCCAAGAAAAGGCUCAGCGGGCGAAGGAGUCCAUGGAGGAGCUGAGGGCGGUACACAAGAAGCUCACAGAGGAGAGGUCAGAGAAGGGCAAGGAUAUUGAGAGGAGGAGAGUUAGGAUCGAACAGAUUGAGAAAAAGAUGCUCGACCUCAAAGAGAAUAUCGAAAACGAAGUGCGGGCUGCGUAUGACGAGUACCUCAAGAUGGAGUCUCAUAUCAAGCUGUACAUCACCGAGAUGGAGCAAGCCCUCUAAGGAGCCCUUGCUGAUUUCACGUGUCAUCUUGUUUGUUUACACACACACACACACACACACACAUAUAUAUAUAUAUAUAUAUGGUAAAAGCUUUCGGAGGACUUUAGCAUGGCACGGCUGUUUUCUAUUUGGUUUGUCAGGAUUAUCAGGAUGCAGAGAUACCACGGGACGGCGUCGGCGCUAGCAUUGGACUUUUUUUUCUAGAGAAAUUGGGUAUCAAUACGUAUGUUGUUCUCCAUGAAGGCCCAUGGCGGCACCAUGUCAUGUCUUACAUCGGAAAAGAUGUUGGCUGUUUGCUCAACUAUGCAC